ACACCCAAGGGCGAGAAGAAGCAGGUGCAGGGCGCCAUGUACAAGGCCUACCACCCGAAAAUGGUGGAGGCGGCGUGGUAUGAGUGGUGGGAGCAGUGCGGGUUCUUCAAGCCGGACCUCACCUCCACCAAGCCGCCCUUUGUCAUCGUCAUCCCGCCGCCCAACGUGACGGGUGCGCUGCACAUCGGACACGCGCUGACCAACUCGAUCCAGGACACCAUCACCCGGUGGCGGCGCAUGAGCGGCUACAACACCCUGUGGGUGCCCGGCACUGACCACGCCGGUAUCGCCACUCAGACGGUGGUGGAGAAGAAGCUGCAGAGAGAGAAGGGCGUCACGCGACACGACCUAGGCCGCGAGGGCUUCCUCGGCGAGGUGUGGCAGUGGGUCGACCAGUACGGCCACCGCAUCCACGACCAGCUGCGCCGACUGGGCUCGUCCGUGGACUGGUCGCGAACCGCCUUCACCAUGGACGAGAAACUCAGUCGCGCCGUGUUGGAGGCCUUUGUCCGCAUGUUCGAGGGCGGCUGCAUCUACCGGGACAACCGACUUGUGAACUGGUGUUGCAAGCUCAAGACCGCUGUGUCGGACAUCGAGGUGGACUACAUAGAUAUUCCCAAGCGCACGUUGAUGAACGUUCCCGGGUACUCCGAUCCCGUUGAGUUCGGAGUGCUCACCUCCUUCGCCUACCCGCUGGAGGACGGCAGUGGGGAGAUCGUGGUGGCCACAACCCGCCCCGAAACCAUGCUGGGAGAUACGGCAGUGGCGGUGCACCCGGAGGACUCCAGGUACACAUCCAUGCACGGCAAGUUCGUGGUUCACCCCAUCAGUGGCCGCCGCAUUCCCAUUAUCUGCGAUGCAGAGUUGGUGGACAUGAGCUUCGGAACGGGUGCCGUCAAGGUGACCCCGGCCCACGACCCCAACGACUUCACCACCGGCAAGCGACACUCCCUGGAGUUCAUCAACAUAUUCGACGACGACGGCCUCAUCAACGCCAACGGAGGCCCCUUCGAGGGGCAACCCAGGUUCAAGGCCCGCAUCACGGUGGUCGACCUGCUGAGGGAGAAGGGGCUGUUCCGGGGUGUGACGGACAACCCCAUGAGGCUGGGGCUGUGCAGCAGGUCCAAGGACGUCAUCGAGCCCGUGCUGAAGCCCCAGUGGUGGGUGAGCUGCAAGGAUAUGGCGGCUGCCUCGUGUCAGGCGGUCAGGGACGGGACGCUGCAAAUCAUACCCAAGGAGUUUGAGGCGGUUUGGUUUCGGUGGUUGGAGAACAUUCGCGACUGGUGCAUCAGUCGGCAGCUGUGGUGGGGCCACCGAAUCCCCGCCUACUACGUCGUAUUCGAGGGUGAGGACGACAAGUCCUCGGGCCGUCCCGGUAUGCCCUCCGAAGACAUGACGCGCUGGGUGGUGGGUCGUACACCCGAUGAGGCGCGAGCUGCUGCUGCCGCCAAGUACCCAGGUCGGGAGUUCCGGCUGGUGCAGGACGAGGAUGUGCUGGACACUUGGUUCUCCUCGGGGCUGUUUCCCUUCUCCGUGAUGGGCUGGCCCGAGCAGACGGCCGACCUGCAGACGUUCUACCCCACGAGCCUGUUGGAGACGGGACACGACAUCCUGUUCUUCUGGGUGGCGAGGAUGGUGAUGAUGGGCAUUCAGCUCACAGGCCAGGUGCCCUUCAAGCAGGUCUACCUGCACGCCAUGGUCCGUGACGCCCAUGGACGCAAGAUGUCCAAGUCCCUGGGCAACGUCAUCGACCCCCUCCACGUCAUCGAGGGUAUCUCCCUGGAGGGCCUGUACGACACGCUGGCGGGCGGCAAUCUGGAUCCCAAGGAGGUGGAGCGCGCCAAGGCGGGCCAGAAGGCGGACUUCCCGGACGGCAUAGAGGAGUGCGGCACGGACGCGCUGCGGUUUGCGCUGGUAGCGUACACGGCGCAGGCGCGCGACAUCAACCUGGACAUCAAGCGCGUGGUCGCUUACCGGUACUGGUGCAAUAAGCUGUGGAACGCUAUCAAGUUCGCAAUGAUGAACCUGCCACCCGACUUUGCACCGCCGGCCCAGGAGCUGGUGGCGGCGUCCUGUCCGGAGGCGUGUCGCUGGAUAUUGUCCCGUCUGAACAACGCCAUUCGCGUCAUCGUGCAGGCGAUGGAGGCCUACGACUUCUCCUCUGCGACUCAGCGCGUGUAUGCUUUCUGGCAGAACGAGGUGUGCGACGUGUUCAUCGAGGUGAUGAAGCCCGUCAUGGCGUUUGACGACAGCCAGCCCCACCUAGCGGAUGCCAAGCGUCUGACCAGGGAGACCCUGUGGACUUGUUUGGACUGCGGGCUGCGGCUGCUGCACCCCUUCAUGCCGUUCGUGACGGAGGAGCUCUGGCAGCGGCUGCCCAGAAACCCGGCCCUGGCGGAUGUCCCCAGCAUCAUGCUGACGCCGUACCCUGUCCCGGUGGCUGGCUGGGACGACCCCGCCGCGGAGCGAGCCGUGGAGUUCGCGAUGUCGGUGGUGGUGGCGGUUCGUAAGCUGCGCAGCGACUACGGCCUCGUCAAGCAAAAGCCGCACCUCUACGUGGCCCUCACCGAUGUCGACAAGGCCGCCAUGCUCCGCGGCCUCAGUCUGGAGGUUGCGACUCUGUCCACCUCGUCGGACGUCACUCUGAUGGCCCCCGGUGAGGCCGCCCCGCUGGGCUGCUCUGUGGCCAUAGUGGACGAGGCCACCACCGUGCACAUGCUGCUCAAGGGUAUCCUGGACCCCGCGCUGGAAAUCGCCAAGUUAGAGAAGAAGUCCGCUGAAGUGACCGGCCGCAUCGACCAGAUCAAGAAGAAGAUGGCGCUGCCGACGUACGACAAGACGCCCGAGGACGUGAAAGCAGCGGACGUGGACCGGUUGUCCAAGGCCGAAGCGGAGCUGGCGGCGGCGGCGGCCGCGAUGGACGCCAUGCGGGCGCUGCUAGCGGCGUCGUGA